AAAAACAAUCUUUUUAUCUCAUUUGAAUUCCUUUCCAUCACUCUCACCAACUUCUUCUUCUUCACUCCCCCAAAAAGUUUUAUUAAACUAAAAUAAGUUUCAAACUUUAUUAAUCUUUUCAUCCUUCUAAAAUGAACCCAAAAAGGGAUUGAUAAAAAGAUGUCAAAUGUAUGGUUUUCUUUAAAGAAAUCAUUUCAUUGCAAGUCAGAUUCUUCAGAAGUCCAUGACCCAAAAUCCAAGAAACAUUUAUCAGCAAUCUUGACCAAAAAACACAACGGAAGAUUGAGGGGUUGUUCAAGAUCCAUAGCUAAUCUUAAAGACGUAAUUAAUGGCAACAAUGUAAGCAAAAGGCACAGUGAAAAUGGUGUAAAUUGUAGCCCAAGGUCAAUUGGAAGUAGUGAGUUUUUAAAUCCAAUUACCCAUGAAGUAAUUUUGAAUAACUCGAAAUGUGAGCUUAAAAUCACUGGUUUUGGUGGUGGUUUUCAAGAUUCCGGCGCCGGUGACGGAGAUGGGUCAAUGUUUGUGGGUACUUUGUUGCCUGGGACACCUGGCCCAAGUGGAAAUCAUGGAAUGCAAGUUUGUAGGAAUAAAAAUACACCACCGAGAAUGGGAAUGGGUGAUGGGAAUGGAAUUGGGAAUUCCGGUUACUUGGGAAUGAAGAAUAAUAGUGUAGUUAUACAAAAGGGUAGACGGUCGUUAGGAAAUGGAAAUGGAAAUGGGAAUGGGAAUGAUUCCGAGGGAUCUAUGGGCGGGGGUGUUACUUGCCAUAAGUGUGGCAAGCAGUUUCAUAAUUGGGAAGAUCUUGAAGCUCAUCAUGUUUCUAAACAUGCUGUUACUGAACUUAUGGAGGGUGAUUCGUCAAGGAAGAUAGUGGAAAUCAUAUGUCGUGCAAGCUGGUUAAAGUCUGAAAAUCCUUCUGGUCGGAUUGAAAAAAUUUUAAAGGUACACAACAUGCAAAAAACACUAGGGAGGUUUGAAGAUUACAGAGAACUAGUGAAAGCAAAAGCCAGCAAAUUACCCAAGAAACAUCCUCGUUGCCUUGCUGAUGGAAAUGAAUUAUUAAGAUUUUAUGGAGCCACCAUCACUUGUUCCUUAGGCAUAAAUGGCACCUCGAGUCUAUGUGUUUCUGAUAAAUGCUGUGUUUGUCGGAUUAUAAGAGACGGGUUUUCAACAAAAAGGGAAAUAAAAGGUGGAAUUGGCGUUUUCACAUCUUCAACAAGUGUUAGAGCUUUUGAAUCCAUUGAAGUACUUGAAGAAGGCCCAGAUACAAGAAAAGCAUUGAUUGUGUGCAGAGUAAUAGCCGGGAGAGUGCACCGACCCCUAGAAAACCUUCAAGAAAUGGCAGGUCAAUCAGGAUUCGAUUCGUUAGCCGGAAAAGUUGGACUUUAUUCAAAUAUUGAAGAACUUUAUUUGCUUAGUCCAAGAGCUCUGCUGCCUUGCUUUGUGGUAAUAUGCAAACUCUAAUCAAAAUAUAUGUUAAAUGCUUUAUUUUGGUAUGUUUCCUAGCUUUUUGCUGAAGGUUUCCUUACGUAGAUAGAUUUAUUAUCGUUCUGAUAGGUGCAAUAGCUAUUAAUUUGCCUUCGUUAACACCUACAUUUCCUUCUAAGGAACGGAACCAUGUUUCUUUACGUAUUGCAUAUAAUAUAAAUAUUUUGAAUUUAAAGUUUUCAACUAUUUCUAUGACCGAA